CCAGCAGUAAAGCAGUAGGUAUAAAGGUCUGAGGUCUGAGUAACGGUGCUGGAGAAGGAGGAGCAGCAGCACUACACUGCGCAUGGCUCACAGCAACCAACCGGCAUUCUUCUCACGCUCGGUGCGAGCCGGCUUCUUUCCGCCUUUGCUUCUGUUUGCUUCAGUCAAGGGCAGUGUGUGAAUGCGAUCUUAUAAUCCUAGGAUGGUUUAUCGGUUCCUUUGAAUGCAGACUUGACUUCGUACAUGGAAAACAGAUUGUCGGGGAUUAAGCGGCGUUGAGCGACAAAACCAGCGUCAAGGACACUGCUCCGAUAGCGCCAUAAAGCAGAACUGAUGCCGGUAUAAGGAGAGAGAGAGAGAGAGAGAGAGAGAGAGAGAGAGAGAGAGAGAGAGAGAGAGAGAGAGAGAGAUUCGAAUCAGAUUGCGAUUGCAGUUUGAUAGAAUCCAUCAGGACUUAACGUGCCAUCGCAUCCCCUGGACUGACCUCCUUUCUUUCCACCUUUCCACUGAUGUGACAGCGCAUUAGCCGGGAGAAAACAAAGAGAAUGAAUUAUGUACAACGGACCAUGAAUAAAAGACGGACUGAUUGUGUAUCUGAUUGCGCAGCCAGUUCCCGGUGAGGCAAUGAGGAGUUUCAGCACAUAAACAUGAUACCAGAAGCGCCGGCUUCUAGCUGCUCGUUUUCACACAACUACAUGUGUGUGAAAACCUACACACCAGGGCAGAGUCACCUUAACACUGAUAAGGACCCAUCUGCACUGAAGAGAUAAAACAUUAAGCCUUUUUUUUUUGGAUUAUGAAGACUUGCUGUUAUGGUCAAUACUGAAACAAAAAAGGCAGCAGAUUUCUUUCCAUAACGAGGUUUUUUUUGUUUGCAGUGAGGAUUAUUAACACUCAGGAAUUUUUGCCAGGUAUAUAAUCUUAAUCUGCACAUACACAAUCUGUUUUUAAUGGAUUAUAAUUGUGUAUGCACGUUGGAGUGAUUUAUUUACCUGGCACCCUGUUUCGUUUGAGUGGGAUGGUGAAGUAAGAGCUAAAUUUUUUUAUUUCUUUUAUCUGUUUUUUUCCUGCUGAGUUUGAAGGACUUAAUAGUUUGAGCAGUUUUGUAAAUCAUAAAGGAACAUAAUGAACACUUUAUCGGAGGGCAAAAGAAACAAUCAAGACAAGAAACAAUCUGCUAUCAGUUGCUGUUUUGAGCCAGUCAACUAGUUUGUCCAACAUACUGUAUACUGUAUACCAACAUUCAGCCAUGUGGUCACUACCUCUCCUUCGUUACACCGAUGUUCCAUCAAGAGUGACGGAGAACUUCAUUUUGUCAGGUUACCGCUUCCCUGACUACAGCCUCCUACAGUGCCUAGUCUCUGCAUUCCGACCUACCAAUGAGACUGGAAACUUCUGGACUCACUUCCUCCCAAUAUUUAUCUUCGGAUUUCACUUUCUAGAGAUAUUUGAAUGGGAAGGAGCCCCGGGCCCUGGGGAGCCCUUCUUUUACCCAGCCUGGAACUAUUUCUUUGGGGUUUUAUAUCUGCUGCUGGCCAGCAGUAUGGCUCACCUCCUUAACUCCAUGUCACUAAUCAUCAGAGAGAUCUGCUUCUUUGUGGAUUAUGGAACCAUCAGUGCUUAUACUGUAGGUUCUUCUUUGGCUUACUAUUACUACAUUCACCCACAGGCAGGGAUACCAAAGAUUGACUUUGGGACACUGAAUGUAUCAAAGUCACAGUCAGUGAGUGCAGAGGAGUCUCCCUCAGCUCCUUCUCCCAAUGCUUCAUUCUUUCCCAUUCAUUUUCAGUUUUUUGAUAGCUUAUACGUCCCCUGCUCCUGCCUGGUGGCCAUCGUCUGUGUGCUAACUUGUUGCAAAACAAGGCAGCAGUGGAGGAAGCACCGCUAUGCUGUACGUACCCUAGUCUUUCUUCUGCCAUUCUUCAUUUCGUCCACACCAAUUUUCUACCGGCUUCUCAGCCCAUCACCAUAUCCAUCCUCCUCUCAGACAUUUUCUUCUUACCCAUCACCUACAAUGGCCAGCUUCUUCUAUCGCCACUGCUUCUGGCUGGUGGUGUCCGCAGCCUUUAACAUCAGCAAGAUCCCAGAAAGAUUGUCUCCAGGAAAGUUUGACAUCUGGGGGCACAGUCACCAGUGGUUCCACUGCUGCACCUUCCUCUCCAUCCUGGAUGAGCUCCAUAUGAUCAAGGUAGAGAUCCGAGCCCUGCUGCUUCACACUACCUUGGUUCUAGAACCUACCACAAAUCCCCACCUCCCUGGCCCAACUAUCUACUCCACUUUUGGGUUGAUGCUGCUGCUACAGGGGUGUAUAGCUUCCAUUAUUAUAUGGUUUGGGUGGUGUGCAUACCACAUUUAUUAUCCUGUGCAGAAAGGCCUGAAGGCACAAUGAGUGGAGCUAAUCCAGGGACUCCGAUAUAUUUUGGCCUACAGAAUUAUUGGUGAUUUUGUUGCUAACCAUCAUUUAAUUAUGCAUACAAGAUUAAUCAUUUCGUUUACCAUUUAUCAGACUGUGAUGCUAGAAUUUAGGCCACUAGGCAUAAUAUGAUAUUGAUAUGGAGAUGGGGUGACUAUUUCUGUCUGUUUAAGGUUUCCAUGUUAAUGCUUACACAGCAUUCAAGAAUCAACAGUUGGAAAAUUCAAUACUACAGGGAUUCACUAGCACAAACAAGCAUGUAAGGCUUCCCGAGUCUCCUAGGGGGACCUGCUGAUACCGUUUGCCGGUAUCUCUUACAUUUACAUUCACAAACACGCACACAUACCCACUUCCUCUUCUUUGUAAACAGGAAGUAUAAGCACCAACAGUCUUCAACCACAGCCUUUUAGUGUUGAAGAAAUGUAAUGGCUGUGACUUUACUGUUGAUGCAAAAUGUACUUGAACAGUGCACACUUUGCACGCUAUGUUGAAAAUUAUUGUUAAAAAAAUUUGCUGUUAACAAAAACUAUAUACCAUAACUAUAUACUACUGGAUAAGUAUCGAGAUCAAAAUAUCUGCGUAUAUCCUAUAUGCUAUAUCCUAUAUCCUAUGCUAUAACCUAUGCAUGGCAUUUAGGUGCAUUGUUUAUACUAGGAGAAAAAGGGAUGUGACGACCAUGGAGGUUUAUGAGUUCAGUGUCCGCUGAAAGAAGAAGAAGCCAUAACAUUGUUUCUUAGAAUGUUCAAAUUGAUUUUAGCAGGGUUUCCCAGUGGUGAGCUGAAUUUGCACAUAAGCAACCAGAUGCUUUCUGGAAGUGGUGUAUUAAAGGGCAUUUUAGUGAUUAUGAGUGCUAUGCCUGUUAAUUACAAAUCCAUUAUUAAUAUUAACUUAUUUAUUUGUAGACAACAAUCUCCCAAGUUCUACCUGUGCCCUUCUUUCCAUCACUUACCUUUUUCAGCUGGUUCUGAGUACUACUUGAACCCAAAAGGAAGCAUUAGUUAAACCACUGUGACAACUAAGUGCUUAGAUGUCAGCACUAGACUUGUUUUGGCCUGUGUACAUUAAUAAUUCAAGGAUUAGAUUCCCUUCUUACAUGCUUCUCCGUGUCAGUGCAUGUAUGUAGGGGGGAAAAAACUCUUAAACUGAAAUGCUGCCUGAAUGCAGGCCAUGGUGCACAAAGUUUCUCCCUAAUCAGUACACAGUUACUUCAUGUUAAUCAGCAUUCUGUCAUAAUGUAACCUAAUGUAACCUAAACCAGUGAUACAGUAGCUUUAUGACAGACUGCAGAGAGAAGUCGUGUCACUAACAUUACUAUGAAUACAUUUGCACAGUUCAAGAGAUGAAUUAGAAUAAUAAUUAAUAAAAGAAGUUAGCAAUGUCUGUAAAUCUCAGUUCUGAAUGUGCCUGCUAUAUUUGUUUUGUUCAUUUAUGACUUGAUUUUGAGUCAAUGGUGAGUGAGGCAUUUCUUAUUCUUUUAAGAAAAAGCAAUGGAAUAGAUGCUUAAGCUGGCAGGAUGUAAGGUCUACUAAAUAGAAUUUUCUAUGUAUAUCAUGCAAGAAAUAAAUCAUGAUACUGUCUGCUGUUGUAGAAAAAUAAUCAACACUGGGAUGGUGUGAUGUGGAGCAAUAUUUUCCAAAAAUAUCUUCCAAUAAUACACAUUGUGAAGUGUUUGAAAGAUUACUCCAUAGCAGUUGUUCAGUGAUUAAAAUUUAUAAAUGAAUUAUACUUUUUUAACUGUUGAUUAUGACGAUUAUAAUCAAUGAUAUUCUAAUAUUUUACAUUGUCCAUCAUACGAGUUCCUGUGAAAGAGCUAUUUUACUAUUUCUACUAUAACAACGAUUUGCUAUAGAAAUGAUAAUGUAUUAGAGCAAAUUGAUAAGAAAUCAGCAAACGAGCUCAUUCGUAUUACAGCCAUGGUGUUACAGAAAAUUGAUCAAUAUCAGUUUCAAGAAUUCAACAACUCUGUGUUAUAAGUGACUUUAUAUAAAGGUCUGUUGGGUUUCAGUGGAAAUUUCAUAUCGUCCAAGUUCAGACUAUGCCAUAUUUCAUGAAUUAAAUGUCAUUUAUUGUACAUUUUUGACAGGAGUACUGUAUGUCUGUACUGUGAGGAAAUGACAUGUUAAACAGAAAUCUGUUUGCACAUACUGUACUACAAAAUGUGUAGCCUUGUACAAAGACUCCCUUCUGCUGACUCAUUUUGACUGUAGUCAACUUCAAUGUUAGAUCAAUUUCUUUGCCCUUGUUCUGCAAACGUCAAAAACCUCAUUCUCAAAACAUGUCAUAUUAAGGAGAAAGGUUAAAGUUAUCGUUAAUAUGUCUGUAUCAAGAACAUGCUUUCACUAUAGUAAAAGUAUACUUUAUUUUUACUGUAGACAUACAUAACACCCUGUAGGGAACCUAGAUAGUGUGUACAUUACAUUAGACAAUUAUAGGUGUGUAACAGUCAUUUAUAAAGUUGUCUGGUGGGAAGUGAUUUGACCUGACAGACGCAUUUACAGACCACUAGACUCGACGAAUUAUAGUUCUCAGGGUUAAACAAAAAGGAAGGUUGAGAUCUGACGUUUCUGGACAUGCUAUUUUUUAUGACUAAUUUUGAAUCAGUCAUGAUUUACGUAUGUAGAUCAUUCUACGUCUAUCUUAAUGACUGAGAUAUAGAUAUGCAACUAUAGAUUAAGAGUUAACAUAAUUGUAUGAGUAGAUUGUUAUUAUUUUUAACUGUAUUAAAAGAUUAUUAUUAGAAUCUAAUAAAUUAACUUGCUGGAUCAAAAAA